AUCUCACUCAAAUCAUUACAAUUGUGUGUUUCGUUCGUGUCGCUACUGGAGAGUAAGGGAAGUCUAUGGUAAACUUCCGCGUUUACCAUGUAGUCCAAUAUGUAAAAAAGUAACAAAAAUAAUUUUUUUUUUACCUUCAGUCAUUCUUAUUUAAAUAUUUCUGUUCCUUUUAGGAUUGGUUUUUAAAAAUUUUCAGUGUGCAGGAAAUUUAGUAUAUAUCAAAAGAACGAGCAAAAUAAUAAAAAUUAACCCUUUAGUAACUAUUGAGUUGUCUAGCAAUUUGUGCUAUAUUUUUAUAAAUUUUUUUUCGAGAUAAGAUCAGGGGAUGUAUUUGAAAAGUGCAUAGCUGUUUUUUUUUGAUAAUUUAUUCAAAAUAACUGCAUUUAUUUUGCAAGAGAUGACCUUUAGAAUUUGCUAAUCAUAUCUUUAAAUUUUUUUUUGUUAACCUCUUGAAAUUUUGAUACUUCAUGGAUUUUCAUGCGGGUGAUAAACAUAUGAUAAGAUAAAGUAAUUUUUAUGAAAAAUGAGAAUUAUGACAAUGCACGUUUUUUUAAACAGUUAAGGAAUAAAAAAAUUUUUUUUGAUGGGUGAUUAAACACUUGCAUGCCCCAAGUUGAAAAAAUUAGUUUAAAAGUCGGAAUUACAAGAUAAUUGAUAAAAAACUCGAAAUUUUAAGCGAGAUAUGGAUUUGCUUUGGAAUCAGCUGAUUUUAUCACGAACUGAAUUCAGGAGACAGUCCCUCAUAGUUGAGUCCAUUCCUCAACGGCUGUGAAAGCCUUUCCAGACUUGGGCUAGACGUCUGCCGCCAUGCGGACCACGGGGCUGUUGCAAGGGAUUAGCUACAUCGUAAUUUUUUGUAUAAUUGCAGAUAUUGCGUAUAGUGAGGCUACUUUUUGCGCCUAUUCCAAAAAAGAUACAGUUAAAUUCAAUACUUCUCCAUCAUCUUAUGAUGAUGGAGACGUUGAACCAUUUCUAACUGGGGAGUUACUGGAUGGAAAUACCACAGAGAAAUGCCCUUCUACUAACAACUGCUAUGCACUCUGGCAGGAAGAUUAUAACAACAAAAAUGCCACAGUCUUUAUUGCACAAGGUUGCUGGAGUGCUGCAGAAUUAGAUUGUAAAGAAGAUGCGUGUAUUUCUACGAAAAAACCUCAGAAAGCUGUUAAUAAUACUACGACUAAAUUUUGUUGCUGUAAAGGGAAUAUGUGCAAUGUAAAUGUUUCAGAUGGAUUUUUUCCUGUGGAAGAAAAUGAAGCACCUCCAAGAUUUGUGGAACAUGCUUCUUUUAAUCCAAUCAAUAUUGUGUUCAUUGCUGUUGCAUGUGUAAUAAUAGUCCUUGUGCCUGUAAUCAGCUUCUUAAUAUACCGGGCAUGUUCAACUUCUCAGAAACCUAGUCCUGACUCUGUUCAUUUAAUGGAGCCACCUUUACCACCUUCACCAGUCUUCAAUAUAGACAACCUGACAAUAUGUGAAAGUAUAGGCAGAGGCCGAUAUGGUCGUGUUUUUCGUGGGACUCUCUUUAAUCAAUCUGUAGCAGUUAAAAUAUUUUCAUCACAGCAUCGCCAAAUUUAUCUAAAUGAGAGAUAUACCUAUUGUCUUCCUUUCAUGGAUCACGAUAGCAUUCCAAAAUUAUUAGGUGCAGAAGAGCGUACUGGCCCAGAUGAACGCCUCGAGUACUUAUUAGUCCUAUCUUACGCACCAUUAGGCUGUUUACAAGAUUUUUUAACCAAUAACAUUAUUGAUUGGAGUACAUUCUGUACAAUGGCGCGAACUAUAACUGAAGGUCUUGCUCAUAUGCACUUGGAAAUCAGAAAAGAUGAUAAAAUUAAGAUGUGCAUUGCUCAUAGAGACUUGACAUCAAGGAAUAUCAUCAUUAGACAAGAUAAAACCUGUAUGGUGUGUGAUUUUGGAUUCGCUAUUUGUAUAUCAGGCUCAAAAUAUUAUGUUAAUGGUGAGGAACAGCUUGCUGAAUCCACUUCACUUAUGGAUGUGGGUACUUUGAGAUAUAUGGCACCUGAAGUUUUAGAAGGAGCUGUGAAUUUAAGAGAUUGCGAAUCAUCUUUGAAACAAAUUGAUGUUUAUGCUCUAGGUUUAAUAUUAUGGGAAUUGGCCACCCGCUGUUCAGAUCUUUUUCAGGGGGUGGAUGUUCCUGAGUAUAAAGCUCCAUUUGUUGCUGAAAUUGGUAAUCAUCCUUCAAUGGAACAGAUGCAGCAUCUGGUUGUAAAACGAAAGGCUCGGCCUCUUUUCCCAGAUAUAUGGAAGGACACAAAUCCUGCAAUUAGAGCACUGAAAGAAACAAUAGAAGAUUGCUGGGAUCAAGAUGCUGAAGCAAGACUAACAGCUCUUUGUGUAGAAGAAAGACUAUCUGAAUUGCCUACGUUAUGGGAUCGACAUAAAGCUGGUACAACAAUCCAAGGCGUUAGUCCAACAGUUAAUCCUACAUCAGCUGAUGUUCAUACCACAUCAAAUAUUAUUCAAGCGUCUUCCAAUGGCUGGUUUAGAGGUUCCACUUUUGAAAUGCCUAUAAUGAAAAGUAAUGCAGAUGCCUUAAGUCCAACAAACUGGGGUGUGGACAGUCGAUACAGUGGUGAUUUUAGUAUGUCAGAAAAUACAGCAGAGACAAGCAUAACAAUGUCUCCUUCAGAACUCACUCCCAGAUCGUGUCCAAGUAAUUCUAGCAGUAAUGGUAACAAUCUCAAAAAUCUCUCCACUAAUAACAAUAUUACACCUGGUCUGAAAGUAACUGUGCCAUUGCAGCCAUAUCAAGGGAAAAACCCAACCAUGGAACGAAAUUUAAUUAUGGAACCUAUUGAGGAUGUGACUAUUAGUGGAAACUCUCUAGUUGAAAAAAAUGAUAAAUUUAGCACUCGCAAUAAUUCAGCCAACAGCUUUAAUUUUGAAACAGACUUAUUUAACACACUUCAGACUAAUGAAGCAUCAGAAAGCAAUGCUCUAGUUCCAAAUGAUAUUCUUAGCCACUCAACUCGUGCAGUUAAUCCUAUUCCUUAUGUUCAAAAUGCUGUCCAUAUAGUGAGCACUAUGCCAAAGCAACCUAAUGUUCCUGGUAAUGGACAUUCUCUUCAGAUGGCAAAUGGCCACACUGUCAUGAAAGAUGCAAAAGGAACGAAAAAAAGUGCUGGAAUUGUUGGAGGUUUUAAAAAUUUCUUCAAAUUUCCAAAGGGUUCUUCAAGCACCGAACCAAAUAUUUCAGCAGUGGAAGCUGCUACUAUUCCCAAAGCUAUUGAACCUCCAACAGUUAUUGUACCCAAAUUACCAAAUGGGCACAAUACAGUUCCAAAACCUUUAGGAGUUUCAAAUCUUUCUAAAGUGCAAAGCAUGGAUACUGAAGUAUACAUCAUGGAUCCCAAUGAUGAAUUCAGUAUGACACAGACUGUUGUACGUCCAGUUGCAAAUAGGCAAAUUUACAGUCAGACAGUACCUAUAGACAAUGCUAAUGGCUUGGAUGAUGAUCGACGCAAGAAAUAUCCUUUCCAAAACGGGUUUGUUCAAAGUCAGACACAUCCUCAGCUUUGCACUGAAAGUAAUCCAAAAAUGAAAAGACCAAACACUCUACCAAUAGCAAAGUUGGAAGGUUCCAAUAAAGCUACUGUUGUGCUAGGUGCAAGCCCUGUCAAAGUUUGUCAGGAAAGUGAAUCUCGUGUUAUUAAUGUGGAUAAUUCAAGAAGUAAUGUUGAGGAAGUUAAAGAAGUCUCUUCCAGCAAUCAACUGAAAAAUCCACGCUUUUCUUUGUAUGAUGAUCGCAUUAUGACUAUUAAUACUCGUUCGUAUCAACAAAUUCAACAUACUCCAUGUAAGCUUGGAUCACCUCAUAUUUCUGCAUCUGUUCCAUUGUCUAUAGACUCUUUGUGUGAAUCUGAAGUCACUAAUUUUCAUAAUACUUAUCAAUCACCAGGUUCACAAUCUAGAAUUAAUGAUAAUCAAUGAUAAUAUAUAUAUAUAUAUAUAUAUAAUGCUAAUUUAUAAUUUUAUGAAAAAUGACAUGGAAAUGAAUUUUUGUAUUAAAAAGAAUCUGCUAUAUAAUAUUUAAAAAAUUGGCUUCAUAUAAUUCUCUCACUGCUGCAGUUUGCAUUUUAUCUGCAGUUGUUAUGACGUGUUAAAAUCUUUAUACUUUUAUGACAGAAAUAGACAGUAUUUAACUUUGUUUAAAAAUUUGAUUUCAAGCAUUAAAUUAAAUCUAUUGAAAUAUUGUGUAUGAAUUUUAAUAGAUUAAAGAAGAAAAUUUCAAUUUGACCAUCAAAAUAUCACCCUAAAUUUUAUGCAUCCAAAUGAAUAUUUCAAACUUUAACAAAGCUAGGUUACUAAAAAAUGACAUGGUUUAUAUAAUUUUUUUCACUAGUUAAAUAAGAUAAUUUAACAUUGGGAUAGCUUAACAGUUAAAAAAAUAUUUACCUUUGAUGAUAUACCAUGAUUUUAAAAAUUAGGACAGUUUUUGCAUUUUAUGAAUGAAAUUGUUUGUGUAUAUAUAUGUGUGUCAUAAAGGUGAUGUUAGUGUAAAUAAUUGUUUUUAUGUUGCUUUUGUAGAUUUAUUUUCAUAAUUUGCCUUCAUGAAUUAGAUUUUAUAUGUUUAUAGAAUUUGUGAUAAACCUUUCCUUGUUCGGAAGUAAAUUAAAAGAAAAAGAUCGAUUAAAAAAGUGUUUAAAAUUAUUUAUAAUCUUAUUGGCUGUGUAAUCAUUUUUUAUCUUUAAUUUGUCAAUAUCUCAUAUGUUCAAUCUUUCCCCCUCGGAAAAUAAUGAAUAAUAAAUGAAGCAAUGCCUUGUAUUACAAAUUAAUUAUGAAACUAUAUCUUCUAGUAAAAUUAUCUCAUAAUGGGAAAAAUUGGUAUUAUUUAUAUAUCUGUGACUUACUCAUUUUUGUGUUCGGUUUAAGAUUUGUAGCAUAGCAGAUAAAUUUAAUUUUUUCUCUUAUCCAAGUAGUGUUUCAUAUAACAAUAAUGCACAAAAAGCUGAAUUCAUUGCUAAGAUUUCGUAUUCAGUGACAAUUAAGAAAGGAAAAUAAAAGUUCUCACAGGACAAUUUUAAUAAUUCUCAUUUUAUAACAGGCUUUUAGCUUAUAAUAUUUAUAGACUUAUACUGAACCAUGCUCUAUAUAGCUGAGGUUUCUCACUGAAAUUAUUAACAAUAGAAUAUCUUUUAUUAACAGGAUAAUAGUGAUGACCUCUGGGAAACUGCUUACUAUGCAAAUAGAAGUUCAAAUCCAUUUUUAAACUCAAUAACAAAUAUUAGUACACAAUACUAGCCUUUAGAUAGUGGGUACAUAUUGCUUAGAGCAUUUGCCUGUUUCUAUAGAGUUUUGUUACUUAUUACAAGAAUAAAGCAUAAAAUUUUGUAGAAAAUCCAUGGCACAUUUUUAUACUGCUUAUUUCAGAUAUGAUAGCAUAUGCCAAGUUCAGCUUCACAAGCUAAAAUGUAUUUAAUGAAAUUAUGUUGCUUAAAUUACAACCUUGGUUUAAGGCUAUAAAUAAUAUGAUUAUUUUCCUAUGCUUAUAAAUGAUAGAGGUAAAUAGUAUUAUUUAAAUGUUUGCAGAAGUUUGACAAAUAACACAGCUUUUAUUACAGUUUAAUAAUUAUGAAAUUUGAACACUUUGGCACUAAGCCAGCUUUAAAAGGAACAAUCCCAUUUUGACUGAGAUUAUUUUAAAUAAAAUUAAUUAGAUAAGUAUACUUGAGCGACUUUGUUUUAUCUUAUAUCUUGAAAAUUUUAAUAAAAAAAUGCAUAGAAUAUUUUGGUUUAAUAUAUCUGUGAAUUAUACUUUAUUAGGAAUGGAAUAAUUUACAUACUGUUUUGCACCAGAAUUGACAGAUUGAUGUAUAAAUGCUUGAAAUAACAUUCUUUUCUCCUUUUAUGCUAUAUAAUUUGACUGUUUAGUCUUUUUUUUUCUAUUAUUUGGUUUGUUGGGGGAUAUUGGCAAUGUAUAAUUUAAUUAAAUACAACCAAUUUUCAUAGUCCAUAUACAGAAAUAUUCUUAUGCAUAACGUGAAGUUUCACGAUUCCCUUAAAGUAUUUUUAAGCAUAAAAUUGUAAUACCAUUUAUUCUAUUAUGUUUGUUUUGCUUAUUACAUAAAUGAGACUACCUAAUUAAUUCAAGUUUCAUGGCAUUAUAGGAUGGUUAAAAAUAUGAUUGUGAAAAUCUUUUUAAUUGUAUAUUGUUUCUCGUAGUAUUGUAAUUUCAUAUUCUUAUUCCUCAUGGAAACUGCAAAUAAUAAAUAGAAUUUUUCUUCAUCCAUUGUUGGAAGCUAAAUGAUAAAAUAUUUGAUGAAGCAAUGAAAAUAAUUUAACCACUUAAGGAUCAAAUUAUUUUUUAAUGCCAUAUAUACUAAUAAAUGUAAUGCAAAUAAACUCGGGUUACUUCCUUAAAAGGUUAAAUUUCAUUGAUACUAAGAAAACUUGUUGAAAAUUAUGUAAAAAUACUUCUUAAGAAAAUUGUUAAAAUUUAAGACAAAAUUACAUAUUUUAAUCAAAAAAUUAUUUUUAAAAUGGUGUAAAAAAACAGUUUUAUUCUGUGAUAUUUUCAGGAGCUUCAAUAUUAUAUAACAUAAUUUUAAUUUAUCAAAAUUCUAUGUAAAAUUUUUAAAAACCUCCAAGUUAAAUCUAUGUCAAAUUUAAUAAUACUACAUCAAACAGUUUGUCUUGUAGAAUGUCAACAGAUGCAUAUUCUCCUUUAUUAUUAUUAGAGAUCUAAAAUGCUCUAGAUCUACAUUUACAUGUACAAUAGAGAUAUAAAUCAUGUAUCUUUUAAUUUUUCUAGAUUAAUUUUUUUUCUUUUAAUUUUUAGUGUGAGAGAAAAAAUUUUUUAGGUCCAUUCUAUUUAAAGAAAGAAAUAUCAAAAACUUAGCAUAUUUAUUAUAAUGACAAAAAAUAUAUGAAAUCCAAAAAAGAUGAACGACAUUUUGAUAUUAAACAUAUUAAUUUAAAUAUAUAAUAAUGCAAAUUUCUGCAAACAUUCAACCUGAUAAUGUUUAAGAAUCGGUCUUUAAUUAUAUGUAAUUAAUUAAUUUAUUGUAAAACACUUAGCAUUUUAGUUCUUUCUUUACUUGUAAAUUACUCUUUUUAAUAUGAUUACUUUAAUUACAUAAUAUCUUAGAUUUUCUUUUAAUUGCUAACUACUAAAUUUUUCUUAUUGCACCUGGUAUAAUUUACAUUGAAAAUGUUUUCACUUUGCAUAUAACUAUUAUUAUUAUUUUUAAUUAGGACAUGAAAGAUUAUAUAUAAAAUCUUUUUAUUAAACCUACAUUAUGAAAAGAAAGCUACAUUGUAAUGUAAGGAAGUCAGUAUUUUCUGCUUGUAUCAGUUCUAAGAAAUAUAAUCGAAAAAUUACAAUUUUUCAUCUUAUUCUUUUAUUCCAUUGUGUUUAUGAAAAUUUAUAAUUAAUUUGAUUUAAUUCUAGCAUAGCUUUAAUAAAUUUAUUGAUAAUAAUGAAAUUUUUUCUCAAGGAACAUUUUUAAGUUUUCUCAAUGAUAACUUAAAAUUUGUUUUCCACAUAAGAUUACAUAUUCUAUUUUGAGUCAUGAUUUUAUAUUUUUGCAUAAUCCUUAACAUUUGUUGAAUAAUAGCAAAAUUACAUAAUAUUUGCAUUUGAAACAUUCAAUUUUUUUAAUCAUAAAAAUGCAACAAAGCCCUAUUGUGACUUCUAAUUUUGCUUUUAAUUAUAUAGUGUUUCUAUUCCAUAGUAAUAAGGAAAUUAAUUAAAUCGUUCAUUGUUCUGAAAUCUUUUUAAGAGGAUGUGAAAUGCUACAUUUAAAAAAGAAAAGCAUGCCACAAAAAAAAAUUUAAUUUAUCCAGAUUUCUGAAACAUUCCAAUUAAUUCUUGAUUAUAAUUUGUGUAUUUAAAUUAAAUUGGUUUGCUUUUGAAGAAAUUUUAAAUAUGUUUAAUCAGUUAUUAACAAAUACGUGAUCAAUAAAUUUUAAAAAAUGUAAACAUUUUGGAUUAUUUUUUUAUCAAUAUAAAUCAAUUCCAUAUUAGUGUACCCUGCACCUGAUCCUCAAAUAAAUAAAUAAAUAAUUUGAUUAUUAAUAUUUUAAAUUUGAAAUGAACUUUAAAUUUUUUUUUGCAAGAUUUGAAUUAAAUUUACUUUUUUAAAUAGCUUUUAGCUUAGUAAUGUUUAUUAAUUAUUGCUUGUGUGUUUAAAUAUUUUUCUUUCAUUGAAGAGAAUUUUGAAAGUCAUUACCUUAAAAUAAAAUAUAUGUGAUUAUUGCGAUGAUUGUAUUUACUGUAUGUAGAACAACUUAAAAAAAUAACACCAAUGUGUAUUUUUUAAAAAAAAAUUUCUUCAAGCAUUGUUUGCUUCUCAUAAUGAAAUAGUUAAUUAUGAAGAAGAGAUUUUUACAAAUGAUGAAAAAAUAUUUAAAAAAGAAAAGAAAUGCUAUAUUGACUACGGUUUCAAAAGUCUUUUGAUUACAAUUCGAGUGCAUAGUAAAGCAUUAAUGAGUAUUAAUAUUUUACCUUAAACACAUUUCUAAUAAAAUUUAAAUUUUGGUUUUUUUAUUAUACAUUUCAAAUUAUAUAAAAUAACUAGUAGUGAAUAUUUAUAAAAAAGUUUGAUGUUUUCCAUUUAAUGAUUCAAUUAUAUUGAAACAAAAUUAUGAUUGCAUAUUUUUUAAGCAUGCACACAAGCAAAGAACUUUUGUUCUUUGAUUCAUGGGUGCUAUCUGUAGGAGAAUUCUAUAAUUAGUUUCUGUUAUUCAAAUUCAUUUUAAGAUUAUCAUUAUUUAAUAAACCUUAUUCUAAAAUACAUGUCUGUUUAAUUAUUUCAUACCAUGAAAUGGAUGCAACUCUACAUAAUUCACUCUCUUCCCCUCCCUUACAGUUAUGUAAAAUGUAAUAUCUUUUAGAUUUCAUCAAGAAAUAAUUUCAUAUGCUUAUGUUGGGAAAAUGUAUUUGCUCUUGAUAUUGAUGGUUGCUUAAUUAAAAUGUUUAAAUAAAUUUUAAUGCAAUUUGUGGCAUACUUUUUUUUUAUUUGAUCGUAAUCAUUUGACCAUUUUUGCUUCUAUUUGUGGAUUCCAAAUGUUGAAUAUGGAAUUAUUUAGAAGUUACACAUGUUUUAUAAGCUGUAUUAUAAAACAUGUGUACCACAUCUAUCCAUUUGAUUUAUCUAAGGAAUUUUAAAGUACAAAAAUGAUGGUAAUAAUAUAAGUUUGAUAAUUCUAUAGUUUAUCAAGUUUAAUAUUUGCCUUGAGUAAUUUAAAAAAAAAUCUAACUCCGGUAUCAUAUGCUGUUAGAUUUAAAUUUAAAAACUUGAUUUUCUCUUUAGAUUAUUAAAAGAGAAUGUCUGCAAAUAAUAUUAUAGGACUGAGUGCAAUAUAAAAUGCAUUAGUUGAAGAAUUUUUGAAUUGAAACAUUUGUAUUCUUUACUGUUGGGAUCACAACUUAAGCUUAAUUUCAUAAUGUAUUUGAAAAAAAUUUGGAAUUAAAGCAAUGUUUCAGAAAAAAAAAAAAGUGUACUUUAGAAUAAUAAUGAAUGCUGUAAUCUUUAUUACAUGUUGUAAAUAAUAAUAUAGACAUUAAAACUGUUAGUCAUGGAAAAAGGAUAAAGAUUCUUUUGAAACUUAUACAUUGAUAGUCAGAGAAGCUUCAUCCCUUUUCAGCAUUAAACAUUUUUCUUGUUAUUGUUUUCUAUAACAUACUUAUUUAGAAAAUGCCCCAACAAUAAUAAAUAUUAUUGUGAAUAUGAGUAUUUAUGUAAAAAAAAAAAAAAAUUAAAUAAUUGAAAUAUUUGUCUAAAUAUUAUUUCACAAACUUAGGCUGAUUAAAAAUUUUACCCCUUUGAGAUACUUCAAAAUUUUCAUUUUAAGUUUAUAUAUAUAUAUAUAUAUAAUAUGCAGAAGUGUUGUCAAGUUUAUAUUAAUAGCCAAAGAGUUUAAGCUUUAUUGAAGCUGAGCAUGUAAGCUAAAUGAAUCUGCCUGCAAAAUGAUUCUUGCACAUUAAUACUGAUUCUUCUGCAUCAAGUUAAAUUAAUCAUCAAAAGAUUUAUGCUAAAUGGCAAAAAAAUAAAUUUUGCACACACUCUCCGUUUUUUAUUUCUUACAAAUGGUUAAAAUCUAGCAAAUGCAAUGCUAUUAAGAAUUUUUCAUUUUAAGUUAAUGUUUUGUAACCUAAAAUAAUAAGUUUUGUUUAAUUUAAGUAAAAUAAUGUAUUUUAUUAAAUUAAUAAUAUAACAAAUUGCUUAUGAGAGUAUACUUUUGUAAGCAUUAUUGCACUCAGUACCUUUAAUACUAAAAUAUGAAAGCCUUAAUAAUAUGGUGCCUUUCUUGUUAUGAAUUCCAAAGUAGUAAUUUUAAUUUAUACUUUCAUCUUAUUUAUAUAUGAAAUGUUGCAAUAUUUUCUCCCCUUCUCUUUGCUUUGUAUAUAGUUCUGAAAUUUGCAGUAAUUUUUAAACUGGGUCCACACAGUUGUCUUAUAUUCUUAUUAGAAAUAAUAAUUAAGAGGUGUUUUCUUCCAUUAUAUAAAAGAGAGAGAAAAGUACAUGUCUUGUUAAUUAUGACUGUUUUUAAUAUUACUUAAUAUUUUAAUUUAUAAUUUGAAAAUGAGUGUAAAAAUUUAAGUUAAAUGCUGGCAUUUUGAUAUUUUUGAAGAAAAAAAUUGUAGAUGAAAUGUGAAAAGCUCUUUCAUACUUAACAUAAUUGUGAAAUAGUUAAGAACAAUUUGCUUUAAUUAUUUCAAACUAUAUGUUUUUGGACUGAAAAGUGCUUUACUUAAUUUUUCUCUUCAACUCUUGAUCUUUUUUUCAGCAUGUAACUUUUCAUCUGUCAUUGUGAUAUUUCAAGGCAGACACAAAAUAAUUGCUUUUUUUUUGUAUCAAAUGUAGUUUGUUAUGACAGUUUUUACUGUCGUUGUCAGUCAUGAUGUAUUAAUAUAUAAAGUAUCUAUAUGCAAACUUAUAUAUCUAUAUUAAAAAUGUGAUAAAACUAUUGUUAAUAUAUAUCGUUGGCUGUUAAACGUUCCAUUUGUGCAUAAAGUGCAUACAGGGUUUUCUUUUCCUUUACCCCUCCCCAAGUUUUGUGACAGUUUGUAAUAGAAAUAACUAUUGUGUUUAGGAUAAUUAAAAUAUGCAGUUAAUAAGUUCUGUAAUUUAAUUUUAACUUCUAGCUGCCAUAGCUAGUUCUGAGAUGUAUUAAAUAAAUGUAAUAAGUGAUGUAUAUAAUGUGCAUAACAUAUUCUAUAGCACAAAGUAAUUAGUUUCUUUCUUCCAUUUAUUUAUAAAUAAUCUGUGGUUAGUUUUAUUUCCUUCCUAAAGUUUUGUUCUAAAUUUGAAAGGGCACAGAAAAUUGUUUUCGCACUGCUUUCUACUAAACUUUUCUAAAAUUUAUCUUUUUAAAAAAAUUAAUAAUCAAUAAUUCUAUCAUUAAACCAGUUCUUUUAAAGCUUACAUGCAAGAUAGGAUUAAGAGCUUAUUAGUAUGCUCAAACUAGUGAAAAGAAUACUUUUCUCAAACAUCUGUGUGAUAUAUUUAGACAGCUAAUUUUCCAGUUGUUUUUGGUGCUUAUUUAAAGUGAUUAUUGUAUUUAUUAAAGACAUUCAUGCAGAUUUAUUUAUGGCUUCAACAGCUGACUGAUUUUAAUAUUUUCCUGAUUUAUUAAGUAUUUGAAGAUAUAUUAAAUCUGUUUCACAAAUGGU